AUGUAUGCUUUGAUUUUUUGGCCAAGAAAUGAUACUUUCAGUAUUGUUCCAACGAAGCAAAUUAUUGAGUAUACAAAAUUUAAUUAUUGUCUUGUUGAAUACAAAAACCAAAUUCAUCGUGGUAAGCUAGUGGCUCAGAAUCAGAAUAAACAAUGGUUGGAAUCGCUAGAAGUCAAUACUGAUGGAGUUCUUAUUGGUAAUGCUGAUACUGACAAUACCGACAACGAUAAUACUGAUUUCAAAAAUGCUAAUAAUGAUAAUGCAAACUCUGACAACACUCACAAUAAUAGUACUGGAAUUAACAAUACUGAUACUGACGACACAAAAUGUGAUAAAAUUGACAUUAAUAAUAGUGAUACUAAUAUUGUAGACCGUAACAAUACUUAUACUAAUAAUAAUACUGACAUUGAAAGUACUGAUACUGAUAUUACAGACAUUGACAAAACUCUUAAUAACAACUCUGAUACUGACAUUGUAGACUGUGACAAAACUUAUGAUAAUAAUAAUAAUACUGACAACACAAAUACUGAUACUGAUAUUACAGACUGUGACAUAUCUUUCACUGAUAAUACUGAUAUCAAUGACGAUAACAUUACUAUGACUGAGAAUACUACUGAUCCUGACCAAACUGAUAUCAACACUACAGGUACUAAACACAUCGAUACUGAUAAGACGAACUACGAGAACACUGAUCACAGUAAUAUUUACAUUAACAAUACUGACAAUAAGCUAACUGACUACAUCAAACCUACGAAAAAUACCAACAAUUUAAAUUCAAACACAAACAUUAAUAUCAAUAUUGUUAAAGAUACAACUAAAAACCAAAUAAGUAAUGAUAGUCUUGCAUCUACAUCAAAUUCAAGUCAAACUAAAAUUGCAAUUUUACCACAAAGCGGAGUGUUUCAAGUGAAUCCUAUGAAGAAAUGA